GAGUUCUUAGGGUAGACACACACAGAGGAGGAAACAAGAAGCUGAAUGGAUUCGGUGAUGCGCAGAUAGAAGAGGCGCGAGGGGGAAAUCCAGCACAGAAUCCGUGCGCGAGCUUUCUUCAGCUUCGGAAGGCGAAGAGAUAAAUAUCAGCGAAACCCCCCAAAACCCCUGACACACACAAUCUGCGUCGUGGAGCCAUGGAAGACUUGGGCGAGAUGGACUGCACGGUGCUGAAGCGGCUCCUGAAGGACGACGGCGGCCGGUGCUUGGUGCUGGACUGCCGCUCCUUCCUCGCCUUCAGCGCCGGGCACAUCCGAGGCUCCGUCAACGCGCGCUGCAACACCAUCGUUCGGAGGCGGGCGAAGGGCUCCGCGCUGAGCCUGGACCAGGUCCUGGCCGGGGACGAGGAGGUGCGGGGCCGCCUGCGCUCCGGGAUGUACUCCGUCGUGGUGCUGUACGACGAGAGGACGCCGGACUCGGACUCGGUGAAGGAAGACAGCACGGUGACCCUGGUGCUCAACGCGCUGUUCAGGGACUCCCAGGGAACACUGGUGUACCUGCUGAAAGGGGGAUAUGAUAGAUUUUAUGCAGAGUAUCCCGAGUUUUGCUUAAAAAACAAAUCAUUGCCGUCCUUCACCAGCCAGUCCAGCAUCGACUCCUGCUCAUCCUGUGGGACACCGCACAACGAUCAGGGGGGCCCCGUCGAGAUCCUGCCCUUCCUCUACCUUGGCAGCGCCCUUCACGCCUCCAAGAAGGAGGUCCUGGACAGCGUCGGAAUCUCCGCCCUGCUGAACGUGUCGGCCGACUGUCCCAACCACUUUGAGGGCACUUAUCAGUACAAGUGCAUCCCAGUGGAGGACAACCACAAAGAAGACAUCAGCUGCUGGUUCCUGGAGGCCAUCGAGUUCAUAGAUUCAGUGAGAGACUCAAGUGGACGAGUGCUGGUCCAUUGUCAAGCAGGCAUCUCCCGCUCCGCCACCAUCUGCCUGGCGUACCUGAUGAAGAGGAAGCGGGUGCGUCUGGACGAAGCCUUCGAGUUCGUGCGCCGCCGCCGCAGCAUCAUCUCGCCCAACUUCAGCUUCAUGGGCCAGCUGCUGCAGUUCGAGUCCCAGGUCCUCGCCACGUCCUGCGCCGCCGAAGCCGCGGCCACGGCGAGCCCGUUGCUCGGACCCAAGUCCACGGUGGCCAACGGCUCGACGGCCGUCACGCCCACGUCUCCGUUCAUCUUCAACUUCCCGGUGUCGGUGGUGAACCCGGCCUACCUGCACCACAGCCCCAUCACGACCUCACCCGGCUGCUAAUGGACAGCUUUACCCCACAUCCUGACUCAAAGUGAGAGCAGACUGGGCCGGAGGAGGAGCUCUCGGUGUCACUGACCUCUGCGGCGUCUCCAUACUUCCAUGACACGGAGGCAAGAAGCGUCACGGUGCCUGAAAAGGACCUUUUUUUUUUUUUUUUUUUCCUUUCUUCUUUUUUAAUUUCACAAACCAGCCAACACUCAGUCAGUUUUCACGAGAGACUUAUUCCAGUUGACCAAAAAAAAUGAAAGGUCUUUUCUAGACUUGUUCGUCAUUCUCGCAGAGUGUUGGACUGACUUCAAUUCAAAGACACACUUCUCUUCCAACAUGCACAGAGGAACACUGACACACACACUCACACUCACAGAAAGCGAACACGGUGAGGCCAGCGGACCUAUCUUCCCCUCGCUCCCACGCACACGUUCAUGCCUGCCGACUGAAUAAGCUCAGUAUGAAGAUAGCUUGUUUCUAUGGAGACGAGGUCUUUAGGAGAGGAGAUGGACACAGGAAGGAAGGGGGGAAUUUUAAGCACUCCCUCUUUCCUCCUCGGGUGUCCCUCCUGUCGCCGGACAAAGGAGAUGGAUGGAGAUGGAAAGAGGGAGGGGAAAAAAAAGAGGGUGACAGAAAGCAGGAGCCUCUUCAGUGACAGGUGUUCUGCCGGGGAUCCGACCGGAGCUUCCUGCCCUUCACACCUCCUCUUCCUCUCCUCUCAUCUCCCUUUUCAUCCCUUUGUGCUUCCUCCCUCCUCCUCAUCCUCUCAUUUCUGCCUCUCAUGUCAGACUUGUCCCCCUCCCUCUUUUUUUUUCCUUCUCUGCUCUUCGUCAUCUUGCUGAGGAGGUUAAAAAUAAAUAGAACUAGACGCCAAAUAAAAAGGCUGGGGCCCCUUGUAAAUGGACUGGGAAACCCCUGACACCACAGAAAAGCCCUUCUGCAUCAUAUAUAAAUAUCUUUAGGCAAAAAGGGCUGAGAUUUCUGGAAAGAGAUGUUUUCUGACAGGGAGAAUGAAAAAGAUUUUGGGGAUAUUUUACAGAAAUGUUGGGAUUCUCUUUUUAGAUGAAACUCCCUGGAAGACAAUAUGUUUAAGAACCAUUCCUUUUUAAACACGCGUGCAGAAAACUAUUCACAUUUCCCCCUGAGUUAAAACAAACUGGGUUUCACUUCUUCUGAGCAGUGCUUGUAUCUCUUACAGUGAUUUGACAUGAAGAACAAAGUGGCUCCUGCUUGGUGCCUUGAAAAUGGUUUUCCAGAUAAAAAGCAAAAAUAAGCAUUGGUGUCAGUGGACGGUCCAUUAAGAUGUUUGUGCCUUGUUCAUUAAGGUUCCCCCAGUAGGUUUUUUGUUUAUUUGGCAUUUAUUUUCUGUUUUGACAGUAGACUGAUGAAUGCUUGGCAGAUCCCUGAAUAUCCUCAAUAGGCAUGGGCCGGUAGGAAAUUCUCACAGUCAAGGUUUCGGUAGACGAUCCAAAAAAAAAAAAAAAGAAAUAGUGUUAAAAUUCAUUAACUUCAGUAAACUUCAGGAUUGAAUUUGUGAUGUUUGUAAAAUGUUUAGAUUAGUUUUAAAGUCUAAUUGUAACAGCAAAAUAACAGCUAGCCAGCUACUAAAAGCAUGCUAGCAAAGCUAGCCUCAAACUUCAAUUGAUCUUUGCUGAUCAACUGGUACAAUUCUUACACAGGUUUAAUUUAUCUUUAUCCAGAUCAGUUUGUUUACUUUGUAAAAUAUCAGCUUUUGAUUCUUAAUAAAUUAUGAGUGGCGUUCCUUCAAAACAGAGGAGUUUAGCUUUCUUGCAAAUGAGGUGCAAGUGUUGAAUCUUCAUAGGAAGUGAACAGAAACAGGUUGGGGAUGGUCACUACUCUUUCCAUUUUGCAUUGGCAUCUCUCGAUAAAGAACUUUGCAUGGAAAAUAUUUUACAAGUUUUUAAAUUCUAUCUUUGUCAUCAAUUAAAAUUGGUACCCGACCCAUGCCUAUUUCUCAUCUACAUAGAAAAUUACUAUUUAUUAAUGCAAUUAAUAAAUAAUUAAUGGUAUUAAAUCACCCAAAACAAGCACUUUUACAUACAUAGAAAAACACAAUCAGGAAUUUACUGUUGUACUUCAAAACCAGUCAAGCACAAAAACUAUAUACAUCAUUACAUCACAAUUUGUGGGCACUCCUGCAUUGCUAGUUUCAGGCUAAGAUGAACACUGUGUUAGACCAAUAAAGGCAAAAAAGUUCAUUUUUAUACUAAUACUCAAACCUGAACCCCAUACAGACUCACAAACAUGUUUAAGGUUUCUACACUUUUUUUUUAAAAGAUUGUCAGCACCUCUUUCUCUCUGUGUAGCACUUUGAAGUGAUGCAAUACUGUAUUUGUAAUUUUAUGGGUUGAUUUGCACAUCGUUGGUGAUUCCGGACCGAGUCGAUCUUUGUUCUGAGAGAUGAACCAAAAGGGAGCCAGAGGAUGAAAAAUGCAAUACUUUGUACAGAUGUGUGUAGUUUGUAUCUGUACGUCUUAAUAUGCCUCUCUGUGUUCAGUCCCAUCUGCAUCCCUCUCUCUCUCUCCGGUUGACCAUGGCAAUAUCGACCCUUCAAAUGGAAACAUGUUUCCCUCAGUUUCAUUGUGGAAUGAAUGACCUGUGCAUUUAUUUAUUACUGAAGAUCUACUGUUGAAUAAAUAAUGUUCUUACAUAACUUGAAA